AUGAACCAGCCAGAACUGACCCCCGCAGAGACUGUGCUCCACAGUCUUCGCGAGAUCACCGCUCGGCACGAGCGUAGACUGCGGGACUACGAGGCACCCGGAGGGAUCAUGGAGCGCCUCCGGGAGUUGAGGACCCGCAUUGCUCAGCGCAACCAGGCGGUCGGAUGCAAGGCCCACCCCCAGCCCCCUCUCCACCCUUCUGGCUCUCUUACGAACGUCUGGAAUCCGUCCCUUGAGGGGGGGGCUAUGGUCGGCGGUGCACUCUCAGCCGCACAGCUGCUUCCGGAGCGGGCCGCAGGGACGACAGUUCGCCAGACCGAGGUCAGGCCACCUCCGGUGCCCGCUAUCCUUCCACGCGGGGCCGAGCUGUUUCUCCAGCUGAGAGCAAGCCUUCGUCCUCCGUGGCUCCGCCUUCGCCUCCGGCCGAGACCAAGCCGUCACACGGACCCGGCCGCCCCCCACUUCAUCGCCGCGGAGCCGGCCGCCCUGGCCGCCUCCCACCUCAUCGCCGCGGAGCCGGCCGCCCUGGCCGCCUCCCACCUCAUCGCCGCGGAGCCGGCCGCCCUGGCCGCCUCCCACCUCGUCGCCGCGGACCCGGCCGCUCCAGACGCCUCUCACGGGACUCCCUCGCCUGCCACGCUCGCCGGCUGUACCAUCGCACGACCCAUCGUCGCCACCGGACACCUUCUCGCCGGCGGUGGGGAGGCUGGCCCGGCUUUGCCAUUCGUCCCAUGGAGGGGGGCGUUCAAGCCCAGCGACCCUCCGCCGAGCCUCCCUCCACCCACCCUGGAUUUCUUGAACAUUUGA